AUGCCUUCCCGCUCCCCGCAUUUCUCCAACUCCGCCGCGGCGUCUUCAGAGCGCAUCGGCGCUGGUUUCGCCCUCGAUAAACAGGAUUUCUGCAUCGACGUGAACGACGCCGCUCCCAUUCAACAAAGACGGAAAACUCCUCUAUGGCGUCGGGGAUUAGCUGCCCUUUCCCCCUUCUCUUCGCCCUCUCCAUCUGCAUCAGCUACGAAAGACAUCGAUGAUGAUCGUCCACUGCUCUCGGGCGCUUCCUCCAACCCAUACCCAUCGCGGAAGCUCUCCAAACGAUCCAAGAUCAAUCGCUGUUUUCUAUUCCCUUUGCUGGGAUUCUUCAUCAUGCUUGGUGUUGUGCAGUUUAUCUCGAUUGCGUGUGGCAUUGUCGUGACCUUCUUUUCGGACGACUUUGAUCGCGCGAUAGACCGGUGGCGCUUCCGGGAGAAGGAUGUCGGUCCUGAGAUAUCGCACUGGCCCACAGACAUUUCGAGGGACAUUGUUCCGGCCCGAUGCCAUUCGCACAACGACUAUUGGCGCCCCAUACCUUUGUAUUCGGCUCUCCAGGCGGGUUGCGUGGGUGUUGAAGCCGAUGUUUGGCUCUUUGACAACGAACUCUACGUCGGCCACACCACCUCGUCUCUUGCCCCGAAGCGGACGCUGAGGAAUAUGUAUAUCAAUCCUCUACUGGAAAUUCUCGAGCGACAGAAUCCUCGGACACCAUUCCACCCCGCCAACGAUCAGCCGUUACAGGGAGUUUUUGACACCGACCCAUCCCAAACGCUGGUCCUUCUGAUUGAUUUCAAAACCGAUGGGGAGGCAACUUGGAAGAGCGUGGCCGCACAGUUAUCUCCUCUGCGCGAGCGUGGCUAUCUCAGCUACUUCAACGGCACCGACGUGGUCGAAGGUCCCAUUACCGUCGUGGGUACGGGAAAUACGCCCUUCAACCUCGUAAUGGACAAUACUGCCCACCGAGACAUUUUCUUCGACGCACCUCUGGAGAAACUAGCAGAGAAUGACGACAUCGACGAUCAUGCGCUUCUAGAUCCCGAUCAGCAUGUUGCACAUGAACAAGCCGUGCAGGCGGAGAGUUCCACCGAGAAUGUCGGUCAAGGCUUAUCGGGCAUUCCGGCUGCAAAUAUUCGCCCCAACACCUUCAAUAGCACAAAUAGCUACUAUGCAUCGGUGUCUUUCAAGAACUCGAUCGGCUUCCCUUGGUCCUUCCAUCUCAGUGAGGCCCAAAUGAGCCGAAUCCGAGCCCAAAUUGAGGCCGCUCAUCGCCGAGGUCUGAAGGUUCGAUAUUGGGGUUUGCCGAGUUGGCCUCGCAGCUUGAGGAAUCAUAUCUGGAGUGUCUUGGUUCGCGAAGGUGUGGACAUUCUCAAUGUUGAUGAUCUACAAAGCGCCACGAAGAAGGACUGGAGGCCCAGGAUCUCCGAUUGGUGGAGUUGA